UUUUCCUCGUCGUUUGUAAGGAGUAUCGGCAACGCAGCGAUAGAUCGUCGCGAGCAUGCUUCGCCGCGUAGAUCAGUCGAGCCGCGGACGUCGAUCCGUGCUCCGUCUAACGCGUGUGCGAAGGAUAACGCGACGCUGUUUUGAACGUUCCCAUCGGACUGCAUUUGAGUGGAGAAGCGAGGGGUGAAACAAAGAUGUCCGACCCUCCAGCAGGCAAAGGACCACCAAGUCCCGUGACAAUGACGUUUUCAUUCCUUACGGAUAUCCUUUUGAUAGCGCCAGUGAUAUACAUACUCACUCUUGCCUUCUCAAAGUACAGUUUCUUCUCCUGGCACCCCAUUUGUAUGAGCGUCGGUGUCGGCCUUCUGAUAAUGGAGGCAGUGUUCAGCAUUUCCGGCGAGGCGUACAUCAGCUCGAAACUCUCGAGGGCCAACCGCGUGACGAUGCACUGGGUCCUUCACACGAUAGGCCUGAGUCUCGUGUUGAUCGGUCUGAUCAUCAUCGUGGUGAACAAGAUCGAAAACAACAGACACCAUUUCGCCACGCCUCAUUCGAUACUUGGCCUGAUCACCAUCAUCCUGGCCUUCCUGACGGCCGGCUUCGGCGUCGUCACGAACAAUCCGAAAUGGCUCUACCCACGGUUCAGGCCGGUCCUCCUAAAGAUCAUGCACGCGUUCGGCGGCAUCGUUGUCACGAUCCUCCUGCUCGCUGCUAUCAUCACUGGCACCUACACCGGCUGGUGGCCGGGCACCGAAACCGGAAGGAGCCUCGUUUUCGCGUCCUUCUUCAUCGCUGGCUUCUUCGUCCUGCUGAAACCCGUGUUGGGCGCUGUCUCCAGAAGCAAAGUCGUCUUCGGACCACCCCCUGCCACCACUUAAUCGAUAAUUUAGCUACCAACGGAAUUAACAGAAUGUCAUCGACGUGAUUGCUUCGUUUGGAGCUGGUAAAAUGGAAUUUCGAAACGUAACAGGGAAUUAGAUAGUGCAUAUGUUACUUUUGAUAAAGCUUGGUCCAGGGAUCGUUCGCAGGAUGGUCACUGUACUCGGAAGUUAUUUACCAGUGAACCAGCGAACGUGAACUUGAUUACGUCUUCGAUUCCAUUAGAGGUGGAAAUAAUGGAUAUCGAGCUGAAAUUUUAAUCCAGUUAUUUAUGCAAUUGAUUACUUGCGUUUCCGUAGGCAACUUACACUUAUCGUGUCACGUACGAUCAGAUAAAGUCGUAUAGACGAUAUCGCGGUGACGCUUUCGUUUGCCAAAUCACUUUAACUUAAUAAUACGCUUUUUUUACCAUUUCUAAAAAUUCUGACGACUUAAAGGUGUAAGGAUAUUCAGUUUAAGUUUGUUCUUAUACGCACGAGAUACAGUUCAUUUACUUGAAUUUAAAACAUUCCGUCCUUCAAUAGUUGCCCAGAGAAACUGUUUCGAGAAUUCAGAUUUCGAGAUUCAAUAAUGAUUGAAAUAGUUGACAACGUUCGUUUCAUCGACUUUGCUUCGAACAGUGUCCCUUUUUGUUACCAUUAUUGUGUUCAACGUACUGUCAACGUGCAUCCCAAAUGUCGUAACAUAAUAUACCAAAACAAACACUGUCGAAAUCAUUGAUAAAAGGAAAAUGUUUUAUUAGAUUUAUUUAAAUAGUAUUUAUAAGAGCGACUGUUAAGGAAAAAGAGAAAAGAAAGAGACUAGAAUAUAUAUACAUAUAUGUAUUAACACAUGUAUUGACACAUACAUAUGCAUACAUAAAAUUUACAUCAUGUAUAUAUCCUCCACAAUGCAAUGUACGUACAUGUAUAUUAAUGCAAUUACUUAUUUUUCGAUAUUAUAUAUAUACAUACUUGA